AUGCCAUUACAUGCGGCUUCGUCCAGCGGUCACAUUGAAGUAGUGGAGCUACUUCUCCGCCAUGGAGCUGACUGGAUGGUUUCAGACACCGAGGGAUGGACGCCAUUACAUGCGGCCUCAUCAAAGGGACACACCAAAGUGGCUGAGUUACUUCUCGACCAGGGAGCUGAUCGGAAUGUUGCAGAUACCGAGGGAUGGACGCCAAUAUACGUGGCAUCCUCCAAUGGACACUCUGAGGUAGUGAAGCUACUUGUUGAAAAGGGGGCCGAUCUAACGGUGGAGACGAAUUCUGGGUGGACACCAAUAAACGGAGCAUCCUCCGAAGGAUAUUUUGAAGUGGUGAAGAUCCUACUGGAACAU